GAACCCGCUCUGGAAACCCGGGAGAGGAGAGGAGCCGCAAAAGCACACGGCGCAUCCACCCCCCGCGAUUCCACGGAAAUUACGGACGCGUCCCCGGACGAGUGGGAGGGAGGGAGGGAGUAGUGGUGGCGGAGGCUCCGAGGAGCGAGGAUUGGCCAGUGGUCUCUCUCUCUCUCUGUUUUCGCGGGCGGGUCCUAGAUGCUCCCGUGGGCGACGGCGGCGGAGGCCGAGGCGGCGCUGGGCCGGCCCAUGACGCCCGCGGAGGCGCUCUGGUUCCGGUGGACCGCCGGGACGCCCGACUACGGCCUCUACUGCCUCAACAUCCUCUUCCUCCUCCUCGUCUUCACGCUCGCGCCGCUCCCCGUCGCGCUCCUCGAGCUCCGCGCGCCGCGGGCCGUCGGGCCGUACAAGCUGCAGCCCCGGGUGCGCCUCUCGCGGGCCGACUUCCUCAAGUGCUACGGGGACGUCAUGCGCAUCUUCUUCCUCGUCAUCGGACCGCUCCAGCUCGUCUCCUACCCCGCCGUCAAGAUGGUGGGGAUCCACACCGGACUGCCGCUGCCGUCUCUGGGGGAGAUGGCGGCGCAGCUGGUGGUCUACUUCCUGGUCGAGGACUACCUCAACUACUGGAUCCACCGGCUGCUGCACGGUGAGUGGGGCUAUGAGAAGAUCCACCGGAUCCACCACGAGUACACCGCGCCCAUUGGCUUCGCAGCGCCAUACGCUCACUGGGCAGAGGUGCUCAUACUUGGCAUCCCCUCCUUCGCUGGCCCGGCCAUUGCACCAGGCCACAUGAUUACCUUCUGGCUCUGGAUUAUACUUCGUCAGAUGGAAGCCAUUGACACACACAGCGGUUUUGAUUUCCCAUUCAGCCUGACAAAGUAUAUUCCGUUCUAUGGAGGAGCAGAAUACCAUGAUUAUCAUCACUACGUUGGAGGCCAAAGCCAGAGCAAUUUUGCUUCGGUUUUCACGUACUGUGAUUACCUGUAUGGGACCGACAGAGGCUACAGAUUCCACAAGGCUUACUUAGCAAAGUUGAAGGACCUGGAGCCAAGCGACGGCAAGAAAGAAGAUGCCAAUGGAUUCAGUUAUGCGAAGUUGGAUUAGAUGGUCUUAUAGAGUGCAUCCUCAGUGUCUCCCUGAUGAUCUUGUUCAGUGAUGGCAUUGUGAAAAUAGUUAUGUUGAGCUGGGCGUGUGUAGUAGCUUUUGUUCUGUGAUUUUUUCUGUUUUCUUGCAAGCGUGGUGAACGUCCUGGAACUGAGUACUCCCCUGGAACUUGUUACGCUGACCAAUAAUACUUUUCAGAUAGCCUUUAA